UUAGCUAAGCUAGCAUGGGCAGAAAGGCGUGCAUCUCUCUUGCCAUCCUCGCGCUUCUUCUGGUCGCUGGUCCGGGCGCGAAGGCUGCAACCUUCGCCGGCGGCCCCGCCAGCAUGGACGCGGCGGUGGCGAUGCGGCAGCGGAUGUCAGCGAUGAAGCUGGAGGACGUCGUGGCGCCGGAGCUCACGGUGGACCUGGAGGUCCACCGCCGCAUCCUCGCCAUCAACGUCGGCCAGAGCGCCCUGGACGGCAACAGGCCAAGCUGCAUCCAAAACUGCCCGGCGCGCGGAGACUCGUACACCGGCCGGGGUUGCCUGAAAAGGUAUGGAUGCAAUGGAGGAAGCUGAAUGCAACGGCACCGCCGGCGUCCGUACAUGAGUAUUGGUCUUUCAUGUUUUUUUUUCAUUUCCACUUUCGCAUGCAUUUCAAUGCUGUAGGGUCGUCCUCCUUUUCUAAAAAAAAAAUCAUGGCGAUGCUAUCGCUAUGUAUUUUUAUUUUCAAAUAUUAUUAUUGUUCUAGGAUGAUACGUCUUGAAGUAUAACUUGGCAUGUAGUUUUGUUAUACAAUAUCGUGAGGUGCCAAUGAUUGCGCCAUCCGGACUGAUUAAGAGAUUAUCCUGUCAGUGUUGUAUAUCCUACAUCCAUUCUGUGGAACGGUAUUGAGGAACAAACUAGUUUGUUGGUUUUGCACAA